AUGACUUCAAGAACCACACAUUUCAAGGUCAAGGUUGUUGAGGGUCAGAAUUGGCCAAAAGCAAAGAACGCCAAAACUCCUUCCAAGUUUCAUUUUUCAUUCUGUUUCAUGAAUGGAGAAGUUGAAAAAUCAAAAGUUAUUACGGAUGCCGAAAUUACAGCUCUAGGAAUUGAGAAAACUUUUUCUGCAAAAGUAGAGGAUUUACUCAAUCUAGUCAUCAACAACAUUGCUUCGGAUAUUUUAGUGAUAAAAAUGAUUAAGGGUGACGAUGACAAAAAUGCAGUUGAGUUUGGAGUAGUGGACAUUGACUUUUCUGGGCUCUUCACGAGCUCUCAAAUUGAUUCUUUUCAUAGCGUCACAAUCACUGAGGAAGGAGCAGUUCAUGAAGAAUCUCCCAGAGUAAGAGUAAUUAUUGAGCUCUCGGAUCCACUUCUUCUGCCUCAUGAAAAAGACGGAGGAAAUUUAUUGACGAUCAAAUUAGGUCCAAUGCAAAAUUUACCUCGAACUUGGCUUCCAAGAGAUGCACAAAAUAUUUCUGAAAUCCCUCUUGAAUUUACAAUAAUUUGUGCUCUUCCCAUAGGAGAUGCCACCAAGCAUUACUACUUCAGAGGAGGAAGAAUGUAUUUACAGUCCGAGGACGAUGAGUCUGGGAAGACCGAGGCCAUUGUAGCAUGGCACAAAGACACACAGACAUUCUUUUUAGACUCGGAAGCAAUGAGGAGAUUCGAACUCAUGUGUGUCAACGAUGAAGUCAUACAUUUCAAAUUCUUGAGAUCUAUUAAUAAGGACAUGAUGGUUGAUGGAUGGAUAGAUCAUAAUGAAAAGAAAUAUACUGGAACAUUCUGCAAACAUGUCAAGGAAUUGCUGGAGCCUGGAGCAAAGGCAUCUUGUGAGACUUCUGCCCUUAGUCACAUGAAUGCUGAUGACCACUCGUUUCCAACUGAUCCUCGGCCCAAGAGUGCAAACAAAAAGAAGAAGAAAUCUAAAGAUCCAGCUCCUCCACAGCUUCUUCCAGAAUCAGAUGAUUCUAAACCCUAUGAAGAAAAUGGAACGAAAAUUUCUAUCGAGUUUACUUUUGAGAACUCUUUAAUACCUAAACCUGAGGAAAGAACCCGUACGAAUAUGAGACCCUCUGACAUUAUUCCAAAGAGAGAAAAAGUUGAAAAGAAAAAAGAUCUCGUGGAACUGUACCAUGAAGAAAUUCUAAGUGUUGUAGAUGUGCUUGUCCGUGAAUAUAAAUCCCUGAUCGAAAAAGAGAGCAAUUUUGACAAGGAUCAGUUUAUCUUUGAGUUGAACCACACAGGCAAAUACUUUGCUUUUAAAGAGCGAUUAAAAGCUUCAGUAGUUCAACUGGUGAAAGAAAAAUUUUCGCACGAGCUUAAAACGAAAAAGGAGCAUGAAAUCAAAUCAUUUUAUAAUGACAUUUAUGUGUACUUGGUUAGGCAAAUGCAUGUAGCAAUCAAUAGACUUUUCAAUAAGGCAAAGAGUGAAGAGAAGAAAGAAACUCCAUUGCAUUUGGAGACUCAAAGUCCAGACAAGCUGAAAAAACUUGCUGACGAGGCUGAAGCAGAGUUUAACUUUCCAAUGGCGGCACGCUACCAUCAAGAACGAAUUUCACUUUCCUCUGAAGAACAAACAACAAAGGAAUUUUGGUUUGAUUAUGGUGUCUUUAGCAUGAGAGUGAAUGACUUGACAAAAGCAGAACAAUCAUUCAGAGAAACUCUCUCUGUGGACAUGUCACAUUUGGUGUGCUUGCAAAUGUACGGAAUUUUGCUGUGCAUGAGAAACCAAUAUAAGGAGGCAGAAGUGUUUUUGCAAUCAGCUGUUGACUUGGACAAUGACAAUUACUUGUCGUGGGGUUUGCUUGCCAUGCUCUUUACACUGACCGAAAACGAAAAACAGGCUCACCAAGCAUACUUGUACGGUAGUUUGGCGUUAGAGAAACAACAUGGCAAAUCUCCUCUCAAGCUUGCAGUGGCUUCUUUUCUUCUUGAUGUCAAUGCUGAUAAACUAGCAGAGCAGAUGCUCAUCGAGGAGAUGCAGAACGGAGAAGCUAAUGCUGACAUCUAUUUCGAAUUGGCACGGGUGUACAAUAUUAGAGAAGAUUAUGAAAGAGCAGAAGACCAUCUCAAAUCAUCUUUAAAGCUUCACUACAAGUCAGCAAAAAGCUGGGAAAUGAUGGGUAUAAUUCACACCAAACUUGGCAGAAUAUCAGACGCCGAACAAGAAUUGGAAACUGCUCUCAGCGUUUCAAGCAAUCCAAAUGCAGUGUUGCUUCUUCGUUUGGCACAUAUUUAUUUAGAGCUACAAAAGUAUGACAGAGCCAGAGACACCUAUUUGAAUGCUGCCAAGAUUGUUUCUUCCUGUACAGCAUGGCUUGGAGCUGGUAUUGCCUACUUUAGACUUGCAGAGUAUAAUCUUUCUGAACAAGCUCUGAAUGAAGCCAACAUUCAAAAUAAUAGAAAUGCCACAGUUUGGGGAUAUCUUACACUAUUGGCACUAAUCAAUAAGAAAGAGAAAGAGGCAGAGAAAUGUCUUCGAGAAUCGCUUAAACAUGGACUUAAAUCUUCAGCUCCUAAACUGACUGAAGAAAUUAAGCAGACACUUUCUCAAUCCAAGCAUUUGACCUCCUUAAUGACAUCGUUUGAAUAA